UCGGAACGCCACCUGCAGAGACAGAUUUACACAUCUACCAGGUCGACUAGUACGGUGGCUAGCGAAACGCGUGAGGCUUCCUUCACUGGGUUUAUUCCUAGCCGUCGUGGGCUCCAUGUUGCUGGACUACAUCAAUCUCGUGCAUCUUUCAACACUUGUUGACUAUGCUAGAGACAAGGGUGUAUCGCACACACAAGCAACGUUGACCAUCGCGUAUGCCGCGGGACCUGAAAUUUUCGGUCGUGUGCUUCUGCCCUUCAUCGCCGACCUUGGCUGGGUGACCAGACCAACGCUGGCCUGCAGUUCGCUGUUCUCCCUGGGAAUUUUGUUCGCCACCACGCCGGAAACGACAGGUGCUGCCCAUAUUGUCCUCCGGGCGCUAUCGUCCGUGGCAAUGGCGGGCCUCCUCACCAUGAAACAGGUUCUCAUAGCCGACAACCUGGGUGCAAAUGCCGUCGCUCUGGUUUCGGGAGCGUCAGGUCUACUUCUAGUGCCGGUGCUCUUGAGCAACCCACUCAUAAUAGGGUAUUUUCGUGACACGACGGGUUCCUACGACAACCUGUUCAGGAUCGCAGCAGGCGUGAUCCUGUGCUCGGGCUUUGUGUUCCUCGGCAUCAUGAUUUCCUCGCGAAGGACCAACGCUACGGCUGAAGAGAAGGGGGACACCGGUUGUGCGGCGUGAGCAUUGAAGCUGUGCUGUGCGACAGCAUACCACUCCGCAAAAUGGUCUGCACUUUGCUUUGUGGUGGACUUACGUGAAGAUUUCAGCGCAACGACCACAUCGCCAGUGACACCUCAUACGAACGAAAGCAACUCAUUGCGCACGACACUGAUAUUUAUCCAGAUGGCGACCGUCAUAUGUAAUAUAGGUACGUUAUAUCACACCGUGGUGCUGGCCAGCCACAGUGUUUAGUAUUACAACCAUUACACCCAUCGUGUUUACGAGCCACAACGGUCUUGCUCCCAUGGAGCACACUUGCACAUAGAAUUUUCAAAUUAUUAUUGCUAGGACGUAAAUAAAUAUUGGCGCCCGGAUAUGGCAUCACUUA